UUCGCUGCUGUACUUUAUAUUUUGUUUUGUGUUUAGGGUUUCUGAAUUUGGUUUCCAUUUUUUUCUUCUUCAAUCCUUGUCACCGUCGCUUCCGAUCUGCUCAGCAUCACUCACUAGUCGUUGUUUUCCCGCCAACUUUUGAGCUUCUACCGAUUCGCCGCGUACCCACUUUGGAUCUGCUUUUCGAAUUUUGAAAUUUUUGGAACCUUUUUUUUCCGGGUCGGACGAGUUAUGGCAGAUGCGAUGAAUUCGUCGGAGAAGAAGGAUGAGAGCUCGGAGGAGAAGGGAGGUGAGCUUUUGUUUUGUGGCGCUACGGCUUGGGAUAUCGUUGGGAAACGCAAAGGUGGGAUGGAAGGUAACUUGGUCUCUCCUACUCGGUUAAGGCCACUCGUCGGCGUUAACAUUCGAUUCGUCGCCACUGGUUGCGCUUCGUUUCAUUGUGUGGCAUUGGACGUUGAAGGUCGUUGCUACACCUGGGGACGCAAUGAGAAAGGACAGUUAGGUCAUGGAGAUAUGAUCCAACGUGACAGGCCAACGGUUGUAUCAGGACUCUCAAAGCACAAAAUUGUGAAAGCGGCAGCAGGGAGGAACCACACGGUAGUGGUUAGUGAUGAUGGCCAGUCCCGUGCUUUUGGAUGGAAUAAGCAUGGGCAGUUGGGUUUGGGUUCUGCCAAAAACGGCUUUGUUUCUGUAGAAGUUGAAUCAUCGCCUCUUCCAUGUAUUGUGUCUGAUGAGGUCACAAACGUUGCCUGUGGGGCUGAUUUUACAGUGUGGUUAUCAUCUACUGAAGGAGCCUCUAUACUGACCGCCGGUCUCCCACAAUAUGGUCAACUUGGCCAUGGAACUGAUAAUGAGUUCAAUAUGAAGGAUAGUUCAGUUAGACUCGCCUACGAAGCUCAGCCACGUCCUAAAGCCAUCGCUUCUCUUGCAGGGGAAUCCAUUGUCAAAGUUGCAUGUGGAACAAAUCAUACUGUGGCCGUAGAUAAGAAUGGGUUUGUUUACACGUGGGGAUUUGGUGGAUAUGGAAGGCUUGGACAUAGGGAGCAGAAAGAUGAGUGGGCUCCACGCCGUAUUGAUGUCUUUCAGAGGAAUAAUGUUUUGCCUCCUAAUGCGAUUGUAUCUGCUGGUUCUGCAAACUCCGCGUGCACCGCUGGUGGAGGACAGUUAUAUAUGUGGGGAAAGAUAAAGAACAAUGGUGAUGAUUGGAUGUACCCUAAACCGAUGAUGGAUUUAAGUGGCUGGAACUUGCGUUGGAUGGAUUCAGGAAGCAUGCAUCAUUUUGUUGGUGCUGAUAGUUCUUGCAUAAGUUGGGGUCAUGCUCAGUAUGGAGAACUUGGUUACGGCCCCAACGGUCAAAAAUCAUCUGCAGCACCAAAAAAGGUGGAUAUGCUCGAGGGAAUGCAUGUAAUGGGUGUGGCAUGCGGUUUUUGCCAUUCAAUGGUCAUAGUAGACAGAACAAAUAUCGCUGAUCGGCUUGAGCAGCUCGAGAUCUAUGACGGCAAAGGAUCAUUAGAAGAGAGUGUAGAAGAAGUCAAGGAAGAAACUCUGGUACCGAAGCAACAAGCUCCCAACAGAGGUGCUGCUUCCAAAAAGAGGAAAGCAUCGAAAGCUUCUUCUGAUUCUGAAGACAGUGAUGAAGAUAACAGCGACAAGGAGAAGGAACCUCAAGGUAGUGAUGCGGACAGCGACUACAGUGAAGAUGGAGAAGAGGCCAAUGGCAAGAAACAGAGCGCUCGUGGCAGAGGACGUGGCCGUGGAGGACGUGGGCGCGGCGGCCGUGCCAGUAAUGGAAAGGCUCCGCCGGCGAAGACAGGUGGGAGAAGAGGAAGGCCACGUAAGUCUUAAAACAACUCUGACUCAAAACUUCGAUGUGGUUUCUGUUUAACAGUUUUUUGUUUCUUUCUUCACACAAUGAGAGGGCUCAAAAUGACUUUUUAUAUAUUUUUUUACAUUGAACAUUUGUUGAAGUAUAAUUCCCUGGGGAAUUCUUAUCGGCCUCUGUAUUUUAAUGUAAACCACAUCGAAUGAUUUAUUUCUAGAGAUAACAUUUUCGACAUUCA